AUGAGGGCGGGGGAGCAGGCGAAGAGAUACUUCAACAUCACCAUCAUCAUCCGUGUAGAACAGCUCGAUGACUGCAUGCAGACCCCAUACCUGAUCCAAGCGCAGAUGGCCUGGCAGGGCAAGAAGCUGCUGUCAGGCCAGACUGUGCUCAAGACCCAUGCUCAGCCUUGCAAGGACAGAAGAGUCUCGUGGUACGACGAAGUCCAUCCUUUCAACAGUGAGGAGGGAAUCGGGUUGAACGCCCGCUGA